CACCUCUAAUUACGUGCAUCGUUUCCUAAUCACCGCUUGAAAUUGACUGAGAGGUCAGUUGAUCCUGGGCCGACCGGAGUAAGCCACCUGCUCACAUCACUAUCACUAUUGGAUUUGUUGAUUGGGGCCAAAUUCACUCCUUUAUCCAAAUUCCUUAAUGUGCUAGUUGAGAGGCCGCCGCUGCCUUGCGGCAAUCUUCUAGUUACUUUCAUUCCCCGCCGUGCUGUAAAUAUUUUAGAAAAAUGGCGUCUGGGGAGACCGGAUUGGCGUCGCUUGUAGGCACUCAAAUCUCGGUCAUCACAAACGACGGAAAACAUUACGUGGGCAUUUUGCGAGGAUAUGAUCAGGCCACCAACCUAUUGCUCCAAGAGUGCCAAGAACGAGUUUAUUCCACGAAGUCCGGCGUCCAGAUUAUUCAAAACCCCGGAGUAUACUGCAUCCGCGGUGAUAAUGUAGCUGUUGUGGGGGAGGUGGACGAGGAGGCGGAUUCACAACUUGACCUCAGCGCUGUCCGAGCACCUCCUCUUGCGCCCAUACACCACUGAUUGGCGCGGGUUGGGUUUCUGGGAACCUUCUGCAAGAAAGCGGGAAGUGAAGUGCAGGUGUCCCCAGAGGUUUGGGGGAUGGAAUUGGGGGAAUAGGGUUUCGGAGCGGGAUUGCGAACAACCAGGGUAGGGGUGCGAUGCCCCAGGCGUGGAAGGGCGAGGAGGGGUUUGUGGGAGUACGGAGGAGAGGAAAGGUUUUUUUACGCACCGCGGUAUGGGUGGGAACUGUAUGUAUGUAUGUAUGUAGGUGUACGCGAGCUGGGGAAGGGGAGAUACUGCACCGCCCUCGCUUAGUGCCUUGCGCUCUGUCGGAUUAUCUUAUAUCUUGCAGUCUGAUGUGGCUGUUUGCCUGCUUCGUUGGCCGGCUGCCUGCCUGUCUGUCUGUCUGCGUGGACGUGGCAUACUCUUUACUGCUUAUAUUCCUGGGCACAGCCCAUGUGGACGUGGUGCUGAUGGGAUGACAUGGACUUGGGGGGCCUCAAGGCGGGCAGCCAGCAACACGACACAACUCCCACACCGCAGCGGAACGUCGUAUGUAUAUCAGUCCCACACAAACCCACGACAGUCUCAGUCUCUCCCCUCCGCAGCCACCCCUGCCAACAGAAGCAGCUGUCGAGAAAACCAGCAGGCGGUUUGCCUGCGACAAGUAUACAUACAGCUUGGCAGUUCUGCUUUAGCCGUCAAACUGAUUCGCCUGUUCUAGGCUGUGCAUGUGCAUGUUUUUGGGGUUGCUGUGAGGGACUUCUGGAUGAGGGGCUUAUCGGCCUAUCGGGGCUUAUCGGCCUAUCGGGGCUUAUCUGGGCUUAUCGGCCCAUAUUCCACCCGUAAUAUUGGAGGAGGUGGAGGUGCUGGCGAUGUUGAUGGUUGCUAGGGGCUCCCAGGGCGUGCUGCAGGGCGUGGCUAAAACGAAAACUCAGCGUUCCCCUGCCAAGGUAACUUGAACUGUCAUUCGGAAUGGCGAUAUACCGUGGUGCUACCGUGGUCGGGCCCAUUUCGGAAAUGGGCUUAUUAGGUGACUUUGCUGUGUAGCAGAGGCGGACCCG